AAUAUCUGCGGUGAAGUUUCUUCUACAAAAGACGCGCUGAUAAAUGCUGUCUUCAUUUUGAACGUGGAUUUUAUCGAACAUUCUAACCGCAGCAGUCAUUCGAAUAUUCGAAGCUGGUCUUAUAUUAAUUCUUCUAAAUAGAUGUAUUCUGAUUGAGCCAUCCUCGGACGUGUUUCUAAUAUUAGAUUUACUUCAUCCGUGGAUCCGGAUGGUUUUCAUGUUUGAUGGAAGAUUGUUCCCAACAAAAACGCGUGAAGCUGUGUCACAAACUUUACAUCGAUAUUUAUGUCGGCGCUGAGACUUGGGAAGGAGCGACACUUUCUUUAAAAACCUGUCAAAUAUUGAAAAACAGAAUCCAUUUCUAGCAUUGAGCGCAACAAUUACAAACAUUUUUUGAAGUUAGAGACCGACUUGUAUUUUUUAAAUUCCAACAAUAAAUGCAUUCAUGCUGCCGAAACCAUUCGAUUUUAAUCAUUUCAGUUGCGUAUUCUGAGUAAAGCGGUGAAACCCGCGUGAAAUAUCUGGAGUUCAAAAUCCAGACUGAGCAGAUGGAACAGGUCUCCAGAGAGAGAAUGCGGAUCACUGUAAACUAUUAAUUAUGAUGGUCUUCAUAAACGCGUCACUAAAUCAAUCAAGUUGAACUGUCAUUCAUGAAACAUAGUUCACAAUUCUCCGUCAUAUUUAACGUAUGAUUGUGCCAAAGUGCGUAACGAUUCUUACUCAUCACGGGCGCCGUAACAGGGGAAGAAACCGAUUAGUAAAAGUGCUGUUUCCUUUUGUCCGUCACCUCUCUCGCUCUCUCUUUCUCUCCCUCCCUCCCUCUCUCUCUCUCUCCCUCUCUCUCUCUCUGGAGUCCCGGUCUGUGGGUCCAGUCCAGCUCGGAGUCCGGCGGGCGCUUCUUAUUGGACGGCAGCUGCGGUUACAUCACCGCGCUGGUGACGCGCGCGUCUUCCUGUUUCCUUCAGCCGCGUCUUAAAGUGAAUCUUAGUGGCGGAGGAGCUGGAGCAUCAGUCCUCUACAUCCAAAGCUCGGAGACGCACUCCCUCUCUCUCGCUCUCUCUCCCGCACUCGCUCUAUGUCGCUCGCUCUUGUAGUUCCAGCUGAGGAUAGAGGGAGACGCGCCGGUUCAUCUUCUACGUUUUUCUUUUUCUUCAUUUAGAUCCACUUUGUUCCAGAUCUUUCUUUGAGUUUUCCACUUUGUAUUUUGCCCUCGGAGCUCAGGUCGCCCUCCUCUUCAUCUGCGCGGUGACCACAGGCUUUGAUCCUGAAGGGCUGACUCUGUCGGAUAUGGCCCAAUAGCAGUAGCCCGUGAUGCCGGACCAUGACAGCGAUUCCCUUCUGAACAGACAGACCAAGCGAAGACGUGUGGACAUCGGCGUUAAGCGAACCGUGGGCAGCAUAACCUCCUCCACAGUAACUGCAACAACGGAUCACAUUGCUCGCGCCAAAGCAGCCAUUUUUAGUGCCAUGAACUCUCUGAGCUCACACUCUCAUCACGGAUCAGACACCGACUCCAUGGAGUGCUCUGUGGUGCAGCCACAUGGUGGCCCUGGCGUAGUAUCAGCGAGUGACAGCGAUUCCAAUGUACUCCGAAAGCUUCUGAAGAGGGCCAACUCGUACGAGGACGCCAUGAUGCCCUUCCCCGGCACGACCAUUAUCUCGCAGCUUCUUAAGAAUAACAUGGCUAAAAAUGGCGGAGGACCUGAGAGGGGAGAGAGGGGUGACAGGAGUGAGAGGGGAGACAGUGGUUUCCCGGGCUCAGGCCUCUCUAAUGCAAGCUCAGAUGCGCCCCAAGAAGAUGCAUGCAGUAACUCCUCCCAAGACAGCACCCCGCAAGAAUGCCUGUCCCCGUUCGGCCGCCCGCCGGGACUGGGGUCCUUUGAAAUAGAGCGUCUGAAUGAUGAGCACCUGCGUGCCAAGCGAGCCCGCGUAGAAAAUAUAAUCCGAGGUAUGAGCCAUUCACCCAGUGUGGUAGUACCUGCAGCGUCCCGACACGAGCGCGACCACGAGAUGGAUGGUGAGCGAGAGUUGGACCUGGACUGCCCACCUCCUCAGUCUCAGCAGCAGGGUCCCAGCAGCCCACGAGGAGGCGAGGUUGGCAGCAGCAACAGCCGGGAGAACAAGCGUAAGCAGCGCCUGCCGCAGCAGCAGCAGCAGAGCUUCACCCAGCUGGUGUGUCAGAGAAAGGAACAGAAGCAGGAAGAGCGGCGACAACUGAAGCUGCAGCUGGAAGACAUGCAGAAGCAACUGCGGCAACUUCAGGAGAAGUUCUUCCAGAUCUAUGACUCAACCGACGACUCGGAACACAACGACCUCCAUAAUGAUCUCCACAACGAUAUAGGAAACAUGUCGGAAGACAGUCCGGCCCGGUCGGAUGGGGAGGAUAAUCGUGGAGGGGAUGACAUGCGCUCUGACAACGAGAUGUCUGAUCUGGACCCAGGUCACUUCCUGGACAGAGCACGAGCCUUGCUUCAAGAGCAGGCUCUGCUGGGCAACGGAGAGAAGCCAAGAAGAGAGGGGCUUAGCCGAAGCAAGGGACCAGGAGGUCCAGGAUCCUCCAUGCAUGCUGAAGGUAAACAGCUGGCAGAAACACUGAAGCAGGAGCUGAACUCUGCUAUGAACCAGGUUGUGGACACAGUAGUCAAAGUGUUUGCCAAGCCUCCGCGCCCCACACCUCAGCAGGCCUUCCCCACUCUUUCCUUGCCCCCUGAAAGGUUUCCCGCCACUGUCAAUGUGGACAGCCCAAACUUCCACACCGCCAACCAGAGGCUGCAGUGUUUCGGUGACGUCAUAAUUCCCAAUCCGCUGGACUCCUUUGCUAGCAUGCCUGGCAUUCCAGGCGCUGCCACUGACCAAACCGAAGCACUGCCUUUAGUUGUGAGGAAGACCCCCACUGAGCACCAUCAUCAGUCCUCAGCAGUGGGAGCCCACGGUGGACACCACCACCCCUCUCUCCAUCCAUCCUCCCUCUCAGCCUCGAUGCGUUUCAGCCCACCAUCCUUUAGACAUCCCUUUCCCCUGCCUCUUAUAGGUUACCCUUUCCAGAGCCCCCUGGGUGCACCCACUGCCUACACUGGCAAAGAUCGUUCCUCACCUGACUCCAUGGACCUUUCCCGGGAGACCACAAGUCUGAGAACCAAGAUGGCUCCGGGACACCACAUGGGGCACCACCAUCGCUCUUGCUCUCCAACACACCCCGGCAGCACGGCGGAGGGGCUCUCGCUGUCCCUUAUCAAGUCUGAGUGCAGUGACCUCCACGACAUGGCUGACAUCUCCCCCUACUCAGGCAGCAAUAUACAGGAGGGUCUUUCCCCAAAUCACCUGAAGAAAGCCAAGCUCAUGUUUUUCUACACCCGCUACCCCAGCUCCAACAUGCUCAAGAUGUACUUCUCUGAUGUCAAGUUCAACCGCUGCAUCACCUCCCAGUUGAUCAAGUGGUUCAGCAACUUCAGAGAGUUCUACUACAUUCAAAUGGAGAAGUUCGCCCGGCAGGCCAUCAACGACGGCGUGACGGGAGUGGAGGAGCUGAGCGUCAGCCGCGACUGCGAGCUCUUCCGCGCGCUCAACAUGCACUACAACAAAGCCAACGACUUUGAGGUUCCGGAUCGCUUCCUGGAGGUCGCCGAGGUCACGCUCAGAGAGUUCUUCAACGCCAUCGUGGCCGGCAAAGACGUGGACCCGUCCUGGAAGAAGGCCAUCUACAAGGUCAUCUGCAAACUGGACAGUGAAGUCCCUGAAGUCUUCAAGUCCCCCAACUGUCUCCAAGAGCUUCUACAUGAGUAAAAUCCAUUUCUCCUCCUCUUCCUCCUUCGCUUCGCUCUUUUUUGAUUGAAAAAAGAAUAGGAUUUCAAAUAUUCACUUAUUUUAUCUUUUCCUUUUUUUGCUUUUUUUUUUUUUGAAUGUAUGAAAGUAUGAAGUAGCAUUCCCACGGUGACGCCGACACUGGCACUUCCUGAAUUGACCUAGUUAUUGUGUUGUUGUUCUUAUAUGAUAAUUAUUGUAACGAUUAUUAUUAUUACCGUUGUUUUGUUUUCCUUUGCUGAAAUGAAGAGACUUGUCGGGAAUUUUGCACCCGAACACUUGACCAGAAGCCGGAACACUUUCCUUUAUAAGUUCCGUAUGGACUUCCUGUCAGGACGCCCCAGAUUCCGAAGGGCGUUCCACUUUCCGAACUUUCCCUGCAGAGAAGCUGCUGAAAAGACUUUUGCUUCUUCAGACUCCCCCAACGUGGUGGUCACAGCAAGACAAAAUGAAGACGUUUUCCUGGACUCGGACCGGUCCGGACUGGUCUCUGGGACCUGGACUGUUUUUUCUUUUUUUUUUAAACUGAAGUGUUUUCUCUGCGAGUAGAUUGUUGUGUUCAUGGGGUGAAUAUUAUUUUAAUUUCUACAAUUGUUGUUGAUUGUGACCUGUCAUCACUGCUUGGCAUAAACAAAUAUUUUGUCCCUUAAUAAAUAAAUUAUUGACAUAAAUAUAAUCCUACAAGAGUAUAGAUUGAAGUAAUUUCCCUCUUUUUUAUUUGCAAUUUUUAUUUUAUGUUCCAGUAAUUCCUUCAUUUCUUUUUUUACAUCAAUAGCAGAUGCGUUUUAUAAGAAGGUAUAAAAAAUGGUGGUAGCUAAUGAAACAACUGAAUUUUAAACAGUAUAUUUCAUUGUGUGAAUGACACUUAUUUCUAGCAUUAUUUAUAUGUAGAGUUUUAUUUAAGUUGCCGCACGUAUAUAACAGCUCACCAAUCUCAAACUCCGCAGACAAUCUUUGUGUAAGAAACCUCAGCUCCCUCAAGCACCAGGCAAGUGCAAGUGGUCAUAAUGUUAUGGCUCCGUGGUCAACACUCAAAAAAUGAUGUCUUAAAGUUCACUGAUUUAUUUAUACAGAGAGUUAUAAUCCGAUCAUCUUCAGUCGAGGUCAGUGAUCAUCAAAGAUAGUACUAUUAAGUAACUUGUUAUUACAUGGUAAUAACCGUGUCUCACACGAUUCACUGUUGGCCUGAAUAUUUAGCACUGAAGUGUUUAAUAAAAUCCAAACUUGAGUGUGUGGUAGUUGGUCAAAGUUUGAGUUUAGAUUUUAACCCUAUUCUCAACCUAUUUAUAGUGUCCAUUGACAAUUCGCAGCGAGUUGUCGACCUCUUCCUCAAAUAUUUUUUAAUAAAUUAACUUCAGUAAAAGUAGGUUUCUCUGCAAGAGUAGGUGACUUUGAACACAUCGGUGGUCUCCAUAUCAACCGACAAGGCUUCAGUUGAUUGACAGGAGCGUAAGAUCCAGAACAGCGUGAUUCAAUGUGAUGGAUUUCAGAACCAACUUGAGCAAACUUGUGAUCUCACCUGCUCAUGAGAGAGGUCCAAGGUGAUGCCCCCUCCAGGUUAAAAAUAACCUCACAGUCCACUCCUGAUUUUCUAAAGCCUUCGUCACCGCGGCGACGUCGCCGCACAAAGGAUCAAAAGGUGCAGGUUGCCUCACCUGCUGACUUUUCCGCGAGACAAAGCGCCUGACAAAAGGAGCGGGGAACGACAGAGCACUCCUCCCUUCAUUAUCCCGCUCUCCUCCCCAGACAGAGUUUCUUCUUAAGAUCUGGAGGCCUGAGAGAUCCACUCGCUCUGGUUUCUCACUGACCCGCGGGCCUCACAGAACCGGCCCAGGGCUCUGACGCAGACAAAAGAAAGAGUGGAGAGGACACUUUUAUCUGAUGCUGAGAUUAUUAUCGCGUCCCGCCCUUCCUGCCGCCUCCUUUAACGCCCUGCAGUUAUAAAGCUUCCACACAACAAUAUAGAUGUCGCCAGCUUCUUUGGAUUUUUGGUCCCAUAACAAUUCUUCUUUCACUCAAGACAAAAUAACAAAAUAACAUUUUUCUUUAUAAAUUGUUUUCUUUCUGUGUCAAAAUAUUCUUUAGUGAAAUAUUCAUGUAUUUUUACAUUAACAGUUAAUAUUUUAUUUAAAAAAAAAAAAGUGCCAAAAUUUUCUGAGAAACUAUUAAUUCAAUUUAAAUAUGGAGAUUCAAAAAUAUUUGCUACAUUAUUUUGGCCAUGUGAAGAAAUGCACCAGAGUUGAAACUUUUUUUUAAUCACCGGUUCCUCCAAAAAAAUAAAAAAUAAAUAUCAAUAAUCUUAUGAUUUAUUCUUUUCAUUGGAGGUCUGAAAAUAGGAAAUACGUAAAUAAAUAAAAAUUAACAACCAAAAUGUAAAUUAGUUAAUCUAAUUUUAAUUACAAUGAAAUAACAUUUAAAAAAACCUUUUUUUUAUAUCUGACAUGACUAGUGUAUUCAGUAUGAAACACUGCAUUAAUGCAGGAAAACAGAAGCGAAUAGCUGAAUGAGAUUUAUUGGUACAAAUAUUUGCUGAACGCUGUGUAGGAGAAACUAGUUUGGAACCAGUGAGUUAGCAGCAGCUGCCAGACGUGUUGUUCCAUGGCCUUUUUCUAUUGACCUGAAAACGACUCAUACUGGAUGUAAACACUCAGCAGAGCUGUACAGACUUUUCUAUUCUCACUUUCCGUCUGGUCCAGUCGCGCGCUUGUUCCUGCGAGGCGUUCAGGGACGUCCGGCCAUCAUUGUUAUGAUUGACAGGCGCUUCGCCAGGAGAACAGAAAGUGAUUUAUACUUUUUUUGUACCAGAUUACAAUGGUUUGGAUGAAGAUUCCUCUGUGUGUGUGUGUGUGUGUGUGUGUGUGGGAGAAACAGACCUGUGAACCAGUGAGUGACACCAUUCUCAACACUGUGGCCCCUCCCCCACCCAUGGGAGUGCCACCCUGACAUGUAAAUGAUUCUCAUUAAGAAUUGUGUAUUAAAUACUUCUGAUCCACUUUUCCUGACCUGUUUCAAGGGUUUUGUUUCUUCCCCUCGUCGCUCUUUUGUCGCUCUGCGAACUCAGCAGUUUGUGGUGUACAUAGCCUUUCGUUGAUGCUUUGCCUCGUGCAGUGAACCGGAGCGGCUGCGUUUGUUUUUGUAAUUUAUUGGUUUAAUUUAUCCUAAUUUAUUUGAGGAUGUUUUUCAGACAGGGAAGGCUGCACUGCAUUUCAUGACGUAGAGUCCACUUGAAAAAUCCUUCGACAUAAAGUCGAACCGAUGGAGAUGUUCUGGCAGCUCAGUGGAGGAAAGUGAAGGUUGCCUGGGCAGAAGCUGUUUUUGAAUCUGUUUACCCCGCCGUCUUUGCUUUGGCCCCAGAAACAACCCGUAGUUGAAUUGCCUUUCGUGCCUUCGCCCUCUAUCGACUGAAUGUAUGUGCAGUAUAUAUGCAAGCUUGUGCAAACCAAUAAAAACAACAGAGAAGAGAGCAGCUUCUGUUGGUGCUUCA